AGUCAAAACACACCACAUGAGUUUUUUUUAUUGAUGGGCCUAUAUCUAUCUAUCAUACUCACAUUAGCUAUUAAUAAUAUCAAGGGGGAGAUUGUUUGGUCAAUAUAACGUUAACAUGCUUAUUGAGUUGUGGAUACGCUUGAUCUCAGCCGAUGUUUCAUUUUUUUUUCCCAGCCAUAAAAAUAAGUAUAGAAUACGACUUAGAAGUAGAACCAAGUGGAUCUUGGGCUAAUGGCAACUGGCGAGUUUUUGAAGUGCUAAAGGUUGUUUGUAUACGUCGUCUUUGAGUCCCUCAUUCCAUUUCUGCUUGGUCGGAGAGAUAUAUGGAACUCGACCUAUAUACUAGUUGGUUAAUGUUAAAGGAAAUAGGCUACAAGAGAAACAAUUAUUAUGUUUUUUUUUUCAAAUAACAAUUGUUAUUUUAUAUUGUUAAUUUCUAACUCUACGUACAUCUAUUACACAAUAAUUUAAAUUCUUAUUUUGUACAUUUUCUUAUGAGUGAUUUUAUAUAAUUGAAGCUAAUAUGCUGGGCUUGGUUAAAGAUACGUACGUAGGCAUGUGAUGGAUGAAGAAUUCCAAGACGGUGCCUUAUUCUGCGGCGAUUCUUUAGGGCAACAUGCAUAUUUUUUUCUUAGCUUCUUGCAUGUAUACUAUAAAUAAUUAAAUAAACUGGAUCGACGUCCUUUUUAUUUUUUCAAUUUUCUAUAGAUCUACCUUACUGUAUAAUAUAUGUAUCUUGCUCUGCAGAUGUAUAAACGUACAAAUUCUAUGUUCGCAACCUUUCAAAACAAGAUUUAAAUUAGGAAAACAAGAAGAUAGCAACAAACACUUGUAAAAAAAAUUAAAGGGUGUGAUGUUUAUAUAGGUUACUAAUUUUUAUUUUAGUUAAAACAAAGUUUUAUUAGUCGUUUCUUAAUGAAUUAAUAGAAUUAUUAUUUCCAAACGAUGGAAUGGUUGUAUUUGCAAAAUCAAAGCUCUAUAAGUUUAGUUAGAUUUCUGAUUAAUUUCAGAAGCAAUUUUUAUAUUUUCUGUCAAGGAAUAUUAUAUAUUUUUCAGUAGAAAAUCGUAGACAAAAUAUUCUCUCAAGUCAUAACAAAAUACAUAUAUGAUAUCGUCAAAUGUCGAUUGAAACCAUCCAAUAAUUACAAACAAACAAAAAGUUGAAAUGUAUUUCAUAAAAAAGGAGCAUGGGAAAUGGAGGAAUUGUGUAUGGAUUGUCGGUACGUAAAUAGAUUAGGACAAAACAUAGUUUCCUCAUCUUUCUUAGUGCCCACAUGAGUCUCCUACGAUUCUUUCUCAAUGCUCUCUUCACUCUUAAUUAAUUAAUUGUACUUCGAAUGUUUGUCCUCUCUCUCUCUCUCCAAAACCCUAAAGUUGAAGAUCGAGAGCGUUGAAAUUUGAUACUCUCGCGUUGAAAUUUGAUCCUCUCUCGCGUUUUUACUUACAUGUUCCAAAAUAUUUGUAUAGAUAUGUGUGUGCAUAGAGUGUCGGAAUCUUGCAUCGGGACAGUUCAUAAUUAAGUUUUUCACGAUGAGACUAAAGACAAAAUUGCUAUUAAUUGUUACUUUUGAAUCAUUAAAAUGGUAAUUGAUCAACACAAUAUAAAUAUCUACUUGAUCAUUCGUCAAGUUCAAGUACAAUCUCUCUCGAAUUAUACGUAUAUGGAUGAUUUGGUAAUUAAUGAAUAAUGGUUAUAAGCCUUAUAUAUAGUACCUACUUAACAACAAAUAGAGCAAGCCCUAAUCUGAGAGAUAUCAAAUAUAAGCAGGUGUGUGACCCAAUGCCCACUGAAAGGGGUUACCAAUAAUAAAACCAAAAGAAUAGAGACAACUUGUGAAUUUGUACAAACGUGAACCCAAGAAUCUUUGGGAAUCACAUCCUUAACUAUAUGACAAAGCUCCCUUCUCUUUACUUUAUAAGUUUUGAUUGUAAACGUUGGGAUUCAAAACUGUCAUAUAUUUAAGUAUAUAUAAUAUAUGAAUAGAUCACGACUUAAUGAAACACAGAUGUUUUAGAGGAAUAUUGGGUGAUCUCCCCCAUCAUUUUUAAUGUGAAAAGCAGAAAAACAAAUUGUUCUAAUUACAGAUGAAUACUUCCAAUAAUCGGCUUAGGUCGAUGGUUGUCAUAUCCGAUUUGGUUUUCUCGAUAUAAGAAACUAAAUUCGUGUAGCUUUAGAUUAACCAAGUUUAUUUGAUUUUAUUUUUAUUUUUUAUUUAAUAUUUUAUUUUAUUUUUGAAAAAAGGUUUUGAAAAUAUCGUUAUAAUAUGACAAGAUUGUGAAGCGUAGUCUCCGGCAAAGGUCAACUUAACUGGAGAUUAUAAAAGACAUAAAAGAGGUUAUAAACUUAUAAAGACAAGAGUGGUUUGGUCGGAUAUAAAUGUUUAAUCAUUCAAAAACUACAAUUCUAAUGACACAAAAUAUUCGACUGCUAAUUCUAGUAUAUAUAUACAUAUCGACUUUAUUAUUGUAACCAAGGUGCGUGCAUGAUAUGUGACAACCAAUUUAAACAACCUAGCUAUUAUCAUUGUUAUAAUAUGGAAGGAAUAUUUCGUAAGCAUACGAACUAACAAGAGCCUUGUAGUAAUAUAUCAUUUUCUUACAGUCUUCUUAUCAUCUUUGAAUCAAACGUAUAAAUAUGUUACUUAACAAUCAAUUUCCAAUAUCUAAAACAACGAAAACAGGAUUAUUUUGAUGUAUUCGAUAUUUUCACCGAGCAUGAUGGAUUCGGCACGGUUAGUCACCGCCGAGCGUUCCACCGCGGUUUAAUCGGCUGCUUUGGACAUGUUUUCGAACAUGGAUAGUCUAUUUUCUCUUAAAGACUAUUAUUCUUCUUAUUUUAAGGAAUAAAGGUGAUAAGUUUAUAUGUCUCUGUCACUAAAAGAACAAGCGGAUAUUUUUCUGGUAUGUUAACAAAAAUGUAGCAAAACCUAAUAACUAAUAUGAUUUCACCAAACGGAAGAUUCCAACACACUUUUCCACAAAAAACACAUACACAUACACGUAACCAUGCAUGACAUAGAUAAGAAUUAAAAAUGUCUGUAUAUAUUAUAGUUUAUGGAAAACAAGAGGACUAUAUAAUAAUGCAUCUAUAGGGUAUGAAUAUCUGAUCAUAUAUGUAUUAUUGAAGCUAAGUUCCAACAUUCAAAUGAUCAUAGAGAGAGACUAUACACAUAUCGUGUGCUGAUUUAGAAAGCUAGCUCGCCGGAGAGACAUGGACGGAACAUCUUCGCGGGAGAAAUGCGCCAUGUGGCUUGACCUAAACAGAGAAGAGGCUGUGGAGAAGUACAAUGAAGAAGAGUCGUCAGUUGAAGACGAAGACCAACAAGUCACAAGUAGUAAUAACGUGAGACAGUAUGUUCGGUCCAACAUGCCUCGUCUUCGUUGGACACCUGAUCUUCAUCUUUCCUUCGUCCGGGCAGUCCAACGACUUGGCGGUCCACACAGGGCAACACCUAAAAUGGUUCUUCAGAUGAUGAAUCUAAAAGGAUUGAGCAUUGCACAUGUCAAGAGUCACUUGCAGAUGUAUCGGAGUAAGAAGCUCGAGGCAACGUCUCUACAUGAGGUUGGAGCGAUGAUGGGAGCACAAAGAAACUAUUUGUUAGACAUGAUUGAUAUCCCUUAUGGUGGUUUAAGACAUGCGUGUUAUCCUAAAACAGUUCCUUCAAGGGUACACAACCAAGGCACGGUCUUCACAAAUCUUGGAGCUAACUUUGUAAUGCGACCUUCAAGCUGGUGUAACAGGUUAAGUGGAAAUGAGUUGCAUGGUGUCCGUGGUGGACUUAACAACAGAGACAGCUUGGAGAGCAAGACUCUGCCUCUGCUUGAGAUUAGGAGGACGACCCCAGAGAAAAGAGUCCGAGAAGAAGCGGCAAGAGAAGUAUCAUCUCUCAAACGAUCAAAACCAAUGCCUGGAGAUGGGAUCAACACGAUGCUCUCGCUGUCUCUGUUCUCGACAUCAUCAGGAGAGUCACCGUAGUCAUGGCAUCUGACAUAGUAGAGACGUAAGCGUUCAAACUUUAAGGGGAUUCAAGGGUAGAGACUGUUUCCUUAAAGCCCAUUUCUUGAGAUGAGUACUUAGCCAGGAUCUGGGUCAGGCUUGAUUCAGAUCCUGUAAGUACUUCUCUAUAUGAGUUUUGUAUUCUUACAUAAAAUCAGAAUAAAUAAGUCGUUUUAACUUAAAAAAAGACCAAAGAACCAACAAGAUGAGAAGUCAUUGUUCUGAUGAAAAGUGAACGUUAGAACAUUAUGUAAAUGUAUCAGAACCAUGAUGAUAGCUCCACAAUUUCUCUCGAUCUGCUCCUUACAGUUGUUAUGGUUCAAGUCGAUCACCACUAGAAACAGAGGAAUCACUCUCUGAUCAGAGAAAACUUGUAAUAUGAAUCGCAAAGCUUCCCUUUUGAUUUAAAUGGUCGUCCUUGGUGAGGCCACUUCUCGGUCUGAUCGUCAAUGAUGAGACAGAAGCUCAGUGUUGAUAAGCUGAUGCGCGAGACCGAUACGAUAAGAUGUCGUGCGGAUCGAUCAUCUGUGGAAUCAUCUUUAGGGUUAAGAUUAGGUAAACGUACUUGCCUUGCUCUAGAAGCUGCAUCUUUAAUUGAGCAAGGCUUUGACUGCAUCUUCAACUGUCUUUGAACUCACUCUUGACAUCUUUAAUGGGCCUAGAUAUGUUGUUCAAUAAACUGGCAUGAGUUUGUUUUUCCUUACUCGUUAAUGAGUUGUAGGGUUUUAGAGGCCCAAAUGGGUUCUGUUCUGUUGUUGAAUAAACAGUCUAGGGUUUGUAUUUUGUAGAGCAGACCACUUUAAACUAGAAAGGAAAAGGACAAAGGUUUCCCAAUACUUGUGUAGCAAGCCACGCUCUAUAAAAGGCUCACUGCUCCAAGUCUCCAACCAUUAGGACAUCGAUUAUGCAUCUUUUUUUGUAAACUGAAAGGAGUUCGGGCCAAGACCUAAAUCUCUCCCUAGAACCAGAACCAAACCUUUACUAAUAUCUGAUGACACGGCGUAAAUCAUCUUAUAUCCAUUAAGAAUCGAAAUUGGGUAUCAAAAACCUCUUCUAACCAAGGUUCGAACUUUUAUGGAACGCAACCAUUUUCAGGGCGAUAACUACCUACAGUUACUAGGAAUUGUAGUUUGGAAGUUUUCAUAAUGAAUAUUUGUUUUAAUAUUUGGUUAUAUGAACUGCUUUUGAAUACACCAACUGGAUUUACACAAUAUAUACUUAACAAUAAGUAUUUUUAUAAUAACGAAGAGUUGAACUAAUGAUUAGAAUCUUGUGAUAGCUAGAAGGAGUUUAAAGGACUACAAAUUCUAAUUCUGUUGGUAAAGAUAAAUGGUAUAGGUUUCGCUUUAGAGGUAUAUACGAAUUUACGGAUUCAUGCCUAGUUAAAAAAUGAACUAUUAUUCAAAGGACCAACAUGUAAUUGUACUGCCCUACCGACUUUGUUUUGUUUAAGAAUUUUCCCUACCAGUAUUGUAACGUACUGUUUUGUUGGGAUCAUGAUAAAUCAUAAAUGGUACAUGGUGUUUGGUAUUUCGUAUCUAAUAUAUUAAAACAGAAGUCAUGACUUCUUUUCAUGUGUGAUUUUUUUAGUUUGGACCAUUCCUAGAAAAUAUCAUAUUUUACAUAAGUUCAUUAUUAUAUCUUUUAAUAUAUUUAUCUUUUUAUUUAAAAUAAAAAUUAAUAUAUUUAAAAUAUUCUAACAAAAUCUUCUUAA